AUGUAUCUAUCUUCACUAAUGAUUCAUAUCUAUCUAUCUAUCUAUCUAUCUAUCUAUCUAUCUAUCUAUCUAUCUAUACUGCCGAUCCCUCUAUAUUUAAUUGAGUUCAUAUCUAUCUAUCUAUCGCUGUCUGUUCAUUUCUUUUUUCUUUCUUUCUUUUUAUAUAUCUAUCUAUCUCUGUCUGUUCAUAUUUAUCUAUCUAUCUAUCUAUCGCUGUCACUUCAUUUCUAUCUAUCUACCUAUUCUUCUGUUCCUUCGAUACUAUCUCUCUCUCUCUCUCUCUCUCUCUCUCUCUCUCUCUCUCUCUCUCUAACUACCGGUCUCCUUUAUUCUCGGCUCUUUCGAACAAAGACGACAUUAUUUUUUUUUGAUAGAGUAAGUAAUUCAUAUCUAUCUAUCUAUCUAUCUAUCUAUCUAUCUAUCUAUAGAUUUCUUUAUAUCUAUCUGACGAUGUCCAUUUCUUUCUUUCUUUCUUUCUUUUUAUCUAUCUAUCUAUCGCAUCCGGUUCAUAUCUAUCUAUCUAUCUAUCUAUCUAUCUAUCUAUCUAUCUAUCUCAUGCUGUUAAUUUCUAUCUACCUAUCUAUCUAUCUAUCUAUCUAUCUAUAUAUCUAUCUAUCUAUCUAUCUAUCUCACGCUGUCCAUAUCUCUCUAUCUAUCUCAUGCUGUCGAUUUCUUUCUAUCUCACCAUGUCCAUUUCUCUCUAUCUAUCUAUCUAUCUAUCUAUCUAUCUAUCUAUCUAUCUAUCUAUCUAUCUAUCUAUCUAUCUAUCUCAUGCUGUCCAUUGCUAUCCACGUAAAUUCCUAUAGAAAUCUGCAGCAUUGA